AUGCUUGGAAUUGCAACUACUAAUGUACCAGCAAUAAGAGGAUCGUCUUCCGUUUUUAAAAUUGCGUCUACUUGGAACAUAAAAAUCUUUAAAUAUACUGAUCUAGUGUCUUGCAUGGAAGAAUACCAAUAUAAACCAAUCCGGCUGGGUGCCCAUUUUAGGAUCAAUACAAAGGGCCUUGUUCAUGCACUUCGCAAUCCUUUCGUAAAGGUAGAGGAUCAGACAAGGAAAUACAGACCAGAUAUUGUUGAGAUGAAAUCAUUCCCAUACCUUGACUUUGAUAAUGAGGGGACAUCAUCACCAUUCGAUACUUAGUUUAGGCAAAAUAGAUUAUGAUUACCAAAAAAAAACAGAACAAUAACACAUUAUUAACAGUUCUAAAGCCUUGACAUGCCGCAUUUUUCUCACCGUAGAAUACGAGGGAUAUCGGUUGGUUCUAUCUUUGUCGUAAUUUAGAUUAUCAAGCAUACGUAAUAAUACAAUGUAAUACAAUAAAUUGGCUUGUUUUAUUACGCUUUUGUUCGUUUACUGCGCAAAGGGCAAGUUAAUCAAUGUUAUUGAUCAAAAUUCAAGGUUGCCUUCGUCUUCAGUGAUUAUACUUUCAACGAAGACUUGAACAAAUUUUAAUUUCCAUUUAAUAUGGUCCCAUAAUUUUUUCUCAAAUUUAGAUUUAUCUCCUAGACGAGACGAGGAAAUUUUGUGGAUCAUUUCCAUUAACUGUUGCGCAAAAAAGUGCAUGAGGUAACUGUCUGUAGAAGACAAGAUAUGCUGAAGCAAAGAAAAAGGCAGGAAAGCGAACUAUUUUUUAGAGUACCUGCAUCAACACAGUAGCUCUGAUGAUUCUAAUGAACUACAAACUGAAUUUUAUGUAAAAGGAAAGAUUGUGUGUAGGGAAGCAUGGCUUCUUGCACACAAUUUAAAUAAGGAAACCUUUAGACGUAUUUGGGGAAAAUUCAAAGAUGGUGCAAAUGUGCUGGAGCAUUGGAAUAAAGGAAGGAAGUCAAUCACUAGCAAGACUGCAGAUUGCAUUGCCUGGUUGCAGUUUUUUGUUAGCUGUGUAGGGGACCACCAUUUACCAUUUAUUUGGCAUCCAUUUACCAAAUGCUUUACUAAAAGUGACAUUUACAAAAAAAUGCUGGAGGAAAAUAAAGCACUCAGUCAGCCAACAGUAUCCCUUUCUCAUUUUUAUGGCCUAUGGGAAAGGUAUUUUCUUCAUGUCACCAUUCCCAAGGUAAGUGGCACCAGAUAUGCAAUAGUUUUCAGUAUGAUGAUGACUAACACGUACAGGUGUGUGUAUUUUACAAACCAUUUAAGUAAUAAUAUCAUUGCUGUUCCAAUACAUUAAUUUGACAAUGGCACCCAAAGAGAAUAUGAAAAUGUGUUAGAUAUUGAAACCUAGAUAGCAAAAUAAGGGGCCCUGUAGGUCAUGACCACCUCUUAUCCAACAAUCAUGAGUGAAAAAAGUUUUAUUUUGUGGCUUUGUUUGGUCUGUAAACUGCGGAGAUGAACCAUGCCUAGUUUUUUCACAUGUUAUACCUCAUACAUGCAGAAAUAAUCUAUCAAUUUGAAUCUUCUAGGAAAAUCGCUUUACAAAAUGCACAGACUGCACAAAAUACAAGCAGGAGAAAGAGAAAACUGUGGACAAAGCCAGAAGAGCUGAAAUUGAUCACUUGCUGAAGCUUCAUCUUGAUUUAGUCUGGUGAGAGAAAUGUUUAAAAAAGUACAGUUAGUUUGAUGAACAAAAAAUCUGUCACAUCAAAAGCAAUUCACUAGUCUUCUGGUCUUAAGAACUAAUAAUAAUUUUUCCUUAUAUCACUAGGCAGGAAAGGAGGGUGUACUAUCUUCACAGGUAUAAAGCCAGGAGGUACCCAUCAAAGUAUGUGGCAAAUAUUGCCGAUGGUAUGGACCAACACACCACAAAUGUCUCAAGUGUGCGCCGAAUUACUAAGGCAAUGUCAGCACUUACGACUGUGGGAACACACCUUGUUGGUUCCAUUAUUCACAAUGGACAAGCACAAAAUGGAAAGGAGAUUUAUGGGUCAUUUGACUACUACCAGUAUCAAGCACAAAAUGGAAAGGAGAUUUAUGGGUCAUUUGACUACUACCAGAAGUCCUUGUAAGAUGGUCUGAGGAAUUUGAGCUACCACCCAUUCUCUUUCUACAGUUUGACAACUGUGUUAGAGAAAACAAAAACCGCUACAUGUUUGCUCUAUUGGCACUUCUGGUUGAAGAGAAAAUUUUUGAGAAAGUAUGUUAUCUUGGGUAAUUUUAAAAGAAAUGCAUUUGCCUCAUUCACAUUUCCCACAGGGCACUUUGUUCAAGCGUCAAAAUGUCCCAUUGCAAUGUUUUCAAGGUCCAUUUGGGUGGGAAGUUAGUUUCCAUUUAAUCUCAAUUUUUGCAACUACUGAAUGAAUGUAACCUGAAGUUGAAAUUAAAAAAAACAACACCACUUUUCCUUCUUGUAUUUCAGAUAAGAGUGAACUUUCUCCUUGUGGGACAUACCCAUGAGGACAUAGAUGCCUUUUUUGGGGUUUUUUCAAAGCACUUAGACAAACUGGACGUUUACACAGUCACAGGUAAGUUGUUCUAACAUAAAGUAAUUACUUCAAGGUACAGUUGGAGUAACUGAGAGGUCCAACAAUCAGAACUGCCUGUGCAAUGUGAUAAUCUUGUGUUGCAAAUAUUCACAUAAGUUAUCUAUCAAUAUAAAUGCAUAGCAACUAGCACUGUGAUCAAACAAAUUUCUGCACGAGGCAAGAGCAUGGUUCACAAUUUAGUCAAUAGAAAGUAUGAACACUUCCACUUGAAUUAACAGAUUAAAUGUGACAUUGACAUGUUAUAAAUUUGGUGUAAAUGUUUAUUUACAGAGUACAUGUAAGAUCUUAAUUUAUUUUACACUUCACUGUCACUUAGAAUUACUGAAGGCACUGGAAACAUGCAUGAAGAAUCCAACACCCAAGCCCUAUAUGCUCAAGAUGGUUUAUGACACAAAAUCAUGGAUUAGUGAUUAUGGUAACCAGUCAACUCGCCGACGGACCAACUCGCCGACGCCAACUCGCCGACGUAUAAAAUCGAGUAGAGACGUCGGCGAGUUGGUGGUCAAUCCAAUACAACUUAUUAGAAGUUAAACAUACUGAAAAGUAAACGAUAUUUAGUGAAAAAACACUGGUGAACAUUGGUAAACAUCUAACAGAAGCGUAAACAUUGGUGAACAUCACCAAUGACUAUAACAGCUUAAGACGCGAACGAGUUAUUGUGCGACAACAACACCGUAAAGACUCAUCAUGUCAAUCGCUCAGAUUUUUUAACGAAAACUUGGCUUUCUAGACAAGAUCUUUAGUAAAAAGCAUUUCUUUUUAUUUGAAACAACGUUUAUAAGGAUCUCAAGGCGAAUAAAGGGAAGUAAACAUCACCAAUGACUCAAACAGCUUCAAACGCGAACGAGUUAUUGUGUGACAACAACACUGUAAAGACUCAUCAUGACAAUCGGUCAGAUUUUUUAAGAAAACUUGGCUUUCUAGAUAAGAUCUUUAGUAAAAAGCAUUUCUUUUUAUUUGCAACAACGUUUAUAAGGAUCUCAAGGCGAAUAAAGUAAAGUAAACAUCACAAUGAUUCUAACAGCUUCAAACGCGAACGAGUUAUUGUGUGACAACAACACUGUAAAGACUCAUCAUGACAAUCUGUCAGAUUUUUUAAGAAAACUUGGCUUUCUAGAUAAGAUCUUUAGUAAAAAGCAAUUCUUUUUAUUUGUAACAAAGUUUAUAAGGAUCUCAAGGCGAAUAAAGUAAAGUAAACAUCGCCAAUGACUACAUCCGCUUCAGACGCGAACGAGUUAUUGUGUGACAACAACACCGUAAAGACUCAUCAUGUUAAUCGCUCAGAUUUUUUAACGAAAACUUGGCUUUCUAGACAAGAUCUUUCGUAAAAAGCAAUUCUUUUUAUUUGCAACAAAGUUUAUAAGGAUCUCAAGGCGAAUAAAGUGACGUUAACAUCGCCAAUGAACAAAAUUGGCUGUAGACGCCAAUGAGUUGUGUGAGUCAUUGGUGAUGUUUACUUCGCUUUAUUCGCCUUGAGAUCCUUAUAAACUUUGUUGCAAAUAAAAAGAAAUGCUUUUUAUUAAAGAUCUCGUCCUGGGUUUAAAUUGACCCUCAAUUUAAAAUGUAUCUCACUGCUUUUCCCUGUCUUUAAGAAUGGGAUCUUAAUGUGUACAAGUCAAAGAAGAAUGAAAUGGAAAAAGAAAGCCCUUAUUAUCGUCUCUCAAGGAAAUUUGAGCCAACAAAUACAUUGCUAGACAUGGUUUGAUGCUACUCUGGUUUAAAGAUUAAUUUUGUUGAAUUUAACAGAUAAGUUACAAUUAUUUAAUAUUUAAACCAGAAUAAAAUCAAACCAUGUUUGAUUGUCCACCUGGCUGCCUUGUGAGAUUUAAUAUAUCAAAUUCAUUGUUGUCUUUUUUUGCUAUACUAGAGUUUAGCCUCAGGAAAGCCAAAUCCUGUUACUCCUUCCCUAAAUAAACUGGACAUGGAGGGAUUGAAGAGAGAUAUUCCCACCAAAUAUCCCGAGAAUAUGCCCUUAAAAGCAUCUGAAGAGUGA